AGGCGGUAUAAGAGGCCGGCCUGGCACCUUGAGGCGUACACCUCAGGCCACUGCGGGGAGACUAUGGACAGGCGAAAGAAGCCUUUGGAAGUCACGGCGUCCUCGUUGGUAGACCUUAAGGCUGAACUCUUCCGAAAACAAGAAGAAUUCAAACAAGAAAAACUUCUAAAAGAUGCUGGAGUUUUGGGAAAACCAAAACCAACCAACAAGAAACCAAGUAUCUGGAGCAAACAGAAUGCAGGAGUUUCUAAUCGAGCUGAAAAGGAUGCUGAACAGAAGAUUGAAGAACAGAAGACUUUGGACAAAGCGAGGGAGAAAUUGGAAGAAAAAGCCAAAUUAUAUGAAAAAAUGACUAACGGAGACUUUAUCGAUGAAGAAGUGGAGGAUAUGUACCUUGUGGAUUUCACACAGAAGAUGAUAGACAAACACAAAGAAAUGGAAGCGAUUGGUGCCAAUAGAGAUUACAGAAAGACCGAAGAAAGAGACGAUGAUGAAGCAGCUCUUUCUGAAAAAGAUAUUCCUCCGCCCCAGGAUCCCAGUGAAGAAUGGGUGGAUUACGUGGAUUCUUUAGGGCGAUCCCGGCGCUGCAUGAGAAAGGAUUUGCCGGAUCUGCUGGAAAUGGAUAAAAAUCUUCAGGGGAGGCUUUUCGUUAGUCCUGCAAAUGAGAAAACCUUAUUGUCUGAAGAUAUGAGAAAAGAACUCCAGCGCCAGCAAUGGGAGGAAGAAGAGAGGGAGGCCCUGAGAAGGCCAAUGGGGCCCGUACAUUAUGAAGACAUCCGUGAAAAUGAGGCCCGGCAGCUUGGUGUUGGAUAUUUUGCUUUUGCCCGAGAUAAAGAGUUGAGAAACAAGCAGAUGAAAACCUUAGAAAUGCUGCGUGAACAGACAACAGAUCAGAGAACAAAACGAGAAAAUAUAAGGGAAAAGAGAAAAGCCAUAUUAGAAGCAAGACUUGCCAAGCUCCGACAGAAGAAGAUGAAAGGAUCCCAAGAAGGUGGAACAGAGGGAGAGGACAGAGAUGGAGAUGUUAUUGGGCCUUUGCCCCCAGAACCAGAGGUCACGCCAGUUCCUCGUACAGCUGCGCAGAGUAGCAAAGUAGAAGUCAUCGUCCAGGAGAGGAAAGAUACCAGACCCGGGGUGCCACACGUCCGCGAGUGGGACAGAGGAAAAGACUUUUCCUUUGGAUACUGGUCGAAGAGACAGUCAGAUCUCCGGGCUGAGAGAGACCCUGAGUUUGCGCCACCAUCGUAUUACUUUGUGGACCAAAAGAGAACUGAGUCUCUGAGCAGCCAGGCGUGGAGCCGACCUGCCCCUGCACAGAGGGACCCGGGGCAGCACUCUGGCCAGAGCCAUGACCCCUGCGCGUCACAGACGUCGUCCGCUCCUGCCCCCAGCAGCCCACCACAAGCCCCGACGGUCACUUUUGAAACUCUGGAUGAUAUGAUAUCAUAUUAUAAACAAGUAACAUGAAGUUAAAAACACUGU